AUGAAGGCGCAGCUCUCUCGAAGAAUGGAGAAUGGUGAAAGACAAAUUAUCACCCAUUACUUCGGCAGUGUUUCGCAAAUUGAGCUUGUAGAGCAUACCAUUCCUGAGCAUCUGGAGGAAGCCUUUACCAAGGUGGAAAGCACUUUUGAGGCAUUUCUAAAGCUAGGAUCGGGAUGGACCCUGGAUCACGUCAUUCACGUGGAAGUGACAGCUGCCAAAUAUGCGCCAUUGGCUGGAAGAAGUUACAUCCCGCUCACUAGUAAGAUGCAGGCAAAGAAAGCGGUAUUGAAUAUUCAAAAUGAAGAUAACAAGUGUUUGGUGUGGUGCUUGCUAGCACACAAGAUGAACAUUUCUCGAGAGGAUCAGCCACAUCGUGUGUCCCACUACACACAACAUGAAUGCAGCAUCAAGAUGGAGGGGGUGGAAUUUCCGGUCCCCCUCACCAAAAUUCCUGCAGUGGAGAAGAUGAAUGAUCUUCGGAUCAAUGUUUUCGGCUGCGAAGAAGAAGAAGCCGAAAUAUUUCCACUUUACAUCUCAAAACGGGAAGACACGGACUGUAUCAACCUGCUGCUGAUUGCUAAUGAGGAGGCACAACACUACUGUCUCAUCCGAGACAUGUCACGUCUUAUAUCCAGCUUCUCCAAACAUAAUGGAAAAUGUCAUAUUUGUUACCGCUGCCUGCAUCGUUUCUCCAGCGAACAAUUAUUGAAAGAUCAUCACGAGUUCUGCAAAGACUUGAGUCCGCAAAGGGUAAAAUUACCCGAAAAGGGGAAAAAUAUUUUGAAAUUUGAAAAUAUUAAUUUUCAGCAUACACUCCCCUAUGUUAUCUACGCGGACUUUGAGUCUAUUAUCGUCCCGUUGCAUUCAACACCACCCUCAGAUACAACAUCCUAUACGGAAAAUGUGGCACGUCAUGAAGCUUGCGGCUACGCCUAUGUUGUUGUCGGCCCCGAUGGAAAAGCUGUGAAGCCUAUCACCGUAUAUCGGGGUUCCGACGCGGCCACACAUUUUGUUGAAAAUUUGCUGGAUGAGCGGGGCGAAAUUGCGGAACAAAUGAUGGAUGUCAAGCCCAUGUCCCUUUCCCCUCAAGAAGAACAAGAUUUCAAAUCUGCAGCGUCAUGUCACAUUUGCCAGGGAAGAUUAGGUUCUGAUAGAGUUCGCGAUCAUGAUCAUCUCUCUGGGAAAUAUCGUGGCGCUGCACACAACCAAUGCAAUUUGAAAUUCCGUUUGCGGAAAAUGAUCCCUGUUAUAUUUCAUAACCUUAAAAAUUACGAUGCUCAUCACAUCGUGAAUACCUUAGGCGCAUUUAAGGAUUAUGAAUACGAGGUGAUUCCGACAAACAUGGAAAAGUAUAUCUCCUUCUCGAUUGCGCCUAGAGGGGAGAAACGAGGGGAAAAGGUGAAGCUUGUGUUUUUAGACAGCUUUCAGUUCUUACCAACUUCGCUGGAGAAGCUAGUGAGCAACCUAACUCAGGGUGAUUUUCAUACUUUGGCCAGAUAUAUGCCUGUGGAUAAAAUCCACCUCUUAUUACGGAAGGGGGUCUAUCCAUACGAGUACAUGGAUUCAAUGCGGAGAUUUAAUGAAGAGGCACUCCCACCAAAAUCUGCAUUUUUUAGCAGUUUGACGGACAGUCACAUCAGUGAUGAAGAUUAUAGUCAUGCGAAAACUGUUUGGGAGAAAUUUGGGCUGAAGAAUCUCGGUGACUAUCAUGAUUUAUAUGUUGCCUCCGACGUAUAUCAACUCUGCGAUGUCUUCCAACGUUUUCGCGAGCUGUGUAGAAAAUAUUACUCCUUAGACCCCCCAAACAUGUACACCGCCCCUGGUCUGGCAUGGCAAGCGUGUCUGAAGAUGACACAGCAACCUCUCGAAUUGUUCACGGACAUUGAUAUGCACUUAUUUAUUGAACGUGGCAUUCGAGGGGGCAUUUCAAUGGUUAGUAAGAGACAUGCUGUUGCCAAUAACAAAUAUAUGGCAAAUUAUGAUCCAUCCAGCCCAUCCAAGUACAUUAUUUAUUUAGAUGCAAAUAAUUUGUACGGAUGGGCGAUGAGUCAACCACUACCCUACGGUGAAUUCAAAUGGAUGGACGUAACUCAUGUGACCGAAGAUUGGAUCAAAGCCAUUCCUUCGGGCGGUGACAUGGGAUAUGUAUUUGAGGUGGAUUUAAUCUACGAUGAAAAAUUACAUGAAAUUCACAACUCCUACCCUCUUUGCCCCGAAUCGGUUAAAAUAACCGAAGAUAUGUUGUCCCCCACAGCGAAGGAAAUUUUAAGAAAAUUACAUAGUCACAACUUUCACGAAUGUGAAAAAUUAGUACCUAAUUUGAUGAAUAAGGAGAACAUUGGCAGCUGA